AUCAGUGAAAAAUUCAGGCAUGGCUGGCAUUGCACCAGUGGGAUCCCAACUUGAUGCACGUGAAUGUGAUGCCAAAAUGACUGAGUUGCCUAAUGCUGAUGGAGAGGAUUUUUUAACUUCGAAUGAUGAGGUCUAUGACAGUUUUGAGUCCAUGGGUUUGCAGGAGAACCUUCUCAGGGGCAUUUAUGCUUAUGGUGUUGAAAAGCCAUCUCCUGUUCAACAAAGGGGACUUGUUCCCUUCUGCAAGGGACUAGAUGUCAUUCAGCAGGCACAGUCUGGAUCUGGAAAGACAGCAACUCUAUGCUUAGGAAUCCUCCAGCAGCUAGACUACAAUGCGGUUGACUGUCAGGCACUUGUUCUUGUCCCCAGCCCUGAGCUUGCCAGGAAAACUGAGAGGGUUAUGCAUUCUCUAGGUAACUAUCUUGGCGUGAAGGUUUGUGCUUGCGAGGGAUGUGACCGUGUUCCUGAGGAUCAGGGCAAUUUUUCCCAUGGGGUUCACGUUGUUGUUGGCAGUCCUGACUGUGUAUUUGACAUGUUGAGGAGACAGUCACUCAGGCCUGAUUAUGUCAAAACGGUUGUGCUGAAUCAAGCUGAUGAAAUGAUUUCCAGAGGUUUCAAGAAUAAGAUUUAUGAUAUUUUCCAGCUUUUGGCACCCAAGAUUCAGGUUGGUGUAUUCUUAGCUACAAUGCCCCCUGAGGCCUUGGAAAUCACAAGGAAGUUAAUGAAUAAACCUGUAAGGAUUCUGGUGAAGCUUGGCGAGUUCACUCCUGAAAGGGAGGAAAUGAAGCUUGAAACACUGUCUGGUCUUUCCCAGACUGAUGAAGCAGCUAUGUGCUGGUUGGAUAAGCGUUGCCGUCUUUGGAAGCCUAAGAAUAUUAUUACAAAGGGGAAACUUGUAAACAAGAAAAUUCUGGAUUAAUGGGAGCUGUUUAUGGUGCCACCAAAGGUCUUUAAGAUGGUUCAAGAACUGUGGGAAUUUCAUCUGAAUUUUAGUACUUUCAGCAUUUGGGUAUUUGGUCUUUAUCAUUAAGUAAUUGUACUUUCAGCAUUUCU